UUAGAAGUAUAUAAAAACAGUAACGGCACCAAUUAGAGGGCCAGAAGGAUAAACAUCAAUUUAUUAUUUCAUACCCUGUUUCUCGUGCAUGCAUGCCUUUUAAGCUAUGACAAUGCCGGUGAGCAACACGAUGCGUGCCUGGAUACACAGAUUCCCGAAGCUGCCGCUGGAAGACGGAAUGGAGCUGGAGGAGACGCACCCCCGGCCAUCGGAAUGUCUCAAGGCCGAAGAGAUUCUCGUCCAAGUCAAGUGCGUGGGUGUCAAUCCAGCAGACCCUCUGUUUGCGGAGAUGACUUGGCCCGCAAACGCCAUAAUCAAGCAAACACCACUGCCCGGCAUGGAUUUUAGCGGCAUAGUCGUUUCGAUUGGAAGCAGCGUUACUUCCCUGUGCAUUGGCGACCGCGUGUUUGGGAGGGUAGACACGCCCAGAGGCAUCCCUGGCACUAUGGCGGAGUUUACGACAGCUGAACUAGAGGGAUGUGUGCUAAUCCCGCCAAACAUUGACUAUGAACAAGCCGCUGGUGUUGGCACAGCAGCCAUUACUGCCUAUGAGACUAUUGUUCCAAACUGCAAAGCGGGUGAUAGGAUCUUCAUAAAUGGAGGUACAGGGGGUGUCGGAACCUUUGCUAUUCAGUUCGCCAAAGCCCAGGGAUGCCAUGUAACAGUAUCAUGCUCUACAAACAAAAUUAGUCUUUGCGAAGGGCUCGGAGCCGAUGAAGUGAUUGACUAUCGCGCUCGAGAUGUGGUUUCGGUGUUGAGCGGAAAAGGCAGGGUUUUCAAUUUAGUUGUCGACUAUGCAUAUCAGGAGAAAACCGAUCUGUACAGAGCCUCGACGAAAUUCAUUGAUCAGGGCGGCAAAUUCGUCAUGGUUCCUGGUGGUAUAAUGGCUAGCGUCGUGCAGACUAUCUGCAGGAACAUGCUUUGUCCAUUCAUGUUUGGUGGCGGGCGGGCCAAGUUCGAGGUCUAUUUCGCAAAGAACAACCUGGCAGGAUUCGAACACAUUGCCCAGUGGAUGGCCGCUGGGAAGGUUCGGACGGUGAUAGACACGAUAUUCGAUUUCCACGACAUGCCCAAGGCGAUCAAGAAGAUCAAGUCGGGAGCGACUACAGGAAAGAUUGUCGUCAAGGUUUAACCUUAGCUUUUGCAUUGCUGCGUUCUACAGUCC